CGAUCCCCAUGAGCCGGCCCGCCGCCGACCUCGGCCUCUCCCCCUCCAACCCCUCCGCGCCGUCCGAUCCGUCCCCGAUGAACGCGCAGCACCUCCCGGGCGACCUCCUGAGGGCGGUCCUGCACCGGCUCUCGCCCGCGGACGUCGCGCGGGCGGCCUGCGUCUGCCGCCAGUGGCACGCGGUCGCCUCCGACCGCGCCGUGCUGGAGGCCGCCUUCCGCGCGCCCUGGGGCGUGCGCCGCGUCGUUGGCGAGCCGGCCACCAGGGCCUUCUGGCGCGCCGCCUCCCUCGGCCGCUUCGCGCUCUCGCACACCGUCCGACGCGGGGACUCCGUCCCAGGCAUCGCGGUCAAGUACUCCGUCCAGGUGACUGACAUUAAACGGUUCAACAACAUGAUGAGUGACCAUGGUAUCUACUCGAGGGAGAGGCUUCUGAUACCAAUCAGUGAUCCAGAAAUUCUGCUGGGUAGCACAUGCUACAUUGAGAUGGAUCACAAUUCAAAGAGAGAGGUUGCAGUAUUUUAUCCAGAGGGCCACCCAACUGGAAACGCGGAGUCCCUGGCAAACGCCGCAGCUGCCAAAAAACGUAGCAAAAGGAUCCUGGAGUCAGUGAGGCGAAGCUUGCAUGUUGAUGAUGGAACUGCUGAGUACUAUUUGUCCGUCACAGAUGGUGAUCCGAGAGCCGCUAUGAUGCAGUUCUCAGAGGACCUUAGGUGGGAGCAGCAACAACCAGGUCAUUAGAUGCAGGUCAGUGGGAAGUAUAUACAAGGGUAUUGGUAUAUGGGUGAAUAUAUCAAUUUGAUGAUUUCUACCUGCUUGGCUGCCUGAACCAUUGUUGGUUCUUCUGUGUGUAAUAAUGUGAAACUGUGAAGCUCUGUAAGAUGAAAUUAAACGAAACAGAUCGUAUAAUUGUAGUAAGUACUGGUUACGAGCCAUGACUGGUCAAGUGUAAGAUUAUGUUUUGAAGUAAAUAUUCCAUUUUCUCCCCUAAA